AUGACAUAUUCUCUUAUCAUCUUCUCCGUCGUCAUCCUCGCCACCACAGUCCUUGCUGGUCCCCGUGGAGGACAAGGAGGAUUCGGUGGAGGCCGUGGUGGAAGACAUGGACCACCAAUGCCUCCAUUCCUCCAGAAUGUCACUGAUGAGGGAAGAAGAGCGUUCUUCGAUAUCAUGAGAAAUCAGAACCUGACGAUUGCUGAUAUGGAGUCACAGACUUCUACAUGGGCUCAGACUUAUGGAGUUUCGGACAUCUACAACGAAUUCGAAGCCAACAUGACCGCCCACAAAAACGAGGUUCAACAGAACGUCACCCAAGUCGUGAGCCAACUCUCCGCCGCCCAGACCGCCCUUGAAUCAGUGAUGAACAACAAGAACCAGACACGUCAACAAAUGAAGGAGGCCAUUGACCAACUGAAGACUCAAUACCCACAAGAGAUUCCAGCUCUCUUCUUCAUUAGUGGACAAUUCAGACGUGGAGGACCAGGAGGCAGACACGGUGGACCAGGUGGAAGACGCGGAGGACCAGGAGGACGUGGUGGAGAUUCUGGAGAGAUGAUGAUGGGAGGAACAGGAGGACGUGGAGGAAUGGGAGGAGGAUUCGGUGGAAACAUGGGAGGAAACGGUAUGCAAAUGGGAGGAAUGAUGGGAAGACGAGGUGGACCAGACAGCUCUUCUGACAACAACGACUUUUAA